GCCGUCUCCAUGGUUACGGCGGGCAGCGGCUGAGCCGCGGAGCCGGGGUGGGGGACGGGGCCCGGGACCGGGAUCGGGGCAGGGCGGGAGCCAGUCCCCGGGAGCACGGACCUGCGGGACCGCCGCGGGCCGCCAUGUACCGCCGAGAGAAGAGCAUCGCGCUGCGCAGCAGCUCCUCGGCGCUGUACAACAACCUGAGCGUGCUCCGCCCGCCCCACAAGCCGGUCGCCUGCCUCGGCGCCGUGCACGGCCCCACCGUCACGGUGGUCAGCGCGGGGGGGGACGCGGCGGGCUGCGCCCAACGGCAGCUGCAGGCCCGGGCGGGCGGCGGGGCCUCUCUCGUCACGCAGGCUGCCUGGUGUGUCCUGCCGGCACGCAUCCUGCUGGUGCUGACCUGUCAGAAAGGCAUCCAGAUGUAUGAGUCAGAUGGAUCCAUCAUGGUGUAUUGGCACGCACUGGAUGUCGCAGAGCACCCUCCAGCACAAGCCGUGUUUGCCCGAGGGAUCUCUGCAGCAGGAGAGCGCUUCAUCUGCGUGGGGAUGUCCUCUGGGAUGGUGCUGGUGUUCGACAUCCCCCCCAAAGGGACCAACAUCACGGUGAGUGAGGUCCUGAAGGAGCACCACGACGCCAUCACCGACAUCGCUGCCGAGCUGGGCCGGGCACCGGAUGGGGCCGGGGACCUGGUGACUGCUGAUGAUGCCGGGAUGCUGUGCGUGUGGAGCUCUGGAGAGGAAUUCUCCUUGCUCAACAGGAUCCCAGCCUUUGGCUGGACCUGCUCCUCUGUGAGGCUCUGGAAUGGGAUCAUUGCUGCUGGCUACGGCAACGGGCAGAUCCGGCUGUACGAGGCAGCCACGGGCAGCCUGCGUGCCCAGGUCGGCGCACACGCCCGCUGGAUCUAUGCUCUGGACCUGGCACCAGCGACUGGAAAGCUGCUGUCGGGUGCGGAGGACUCCUUUGUUCACGUGUGGAAGCUCAGCAGGAGCCCGGACACUGAUGAUGUUGAGAUCGAGCACUGCCACGCUGAGUGCGUCACCGACACCCAGAUCUGCGGCGCCUGUUUCUGUGACCCCGAGGGAAACUCCUUUGCAGUGACCGGCUACGACCUCAGCGAGAUCUUCUGCUACAGCCAGGUGUAGGCUGCGAGCCGUGCGGGCCGCCGUGGGGCUGCAGCAGGGAGAGCUGGGCUGCCGGCACCCCCCCACCUCCAGCACGGCGCUGCGCCCCGGCAGGGUGGGAUUCUGCCUGCAGGUGGAGCUGAGAUCGGUCCCUCCCAAAGCAGCCCUGCCCUCGGUGUGGCACGGCUGCACGUAGGGAGCGCGGGCCGGGAGCUGUGCUGGCUUCACGGGACCCAGCUGUGCUGCACUGCGGGUCCCUGGGCCAGGAGCUGCCCCGCACCCCACCCCCCCCCGAGCCCUCCCUGGGAGAACGAUGCAGCCGAGGUGAUGUGGCUGAGCAGCAGCAGACCCACCGUGGGCUCUCGUAGCGGCAUUCCCGGCCGUUCCCUGCGGGGAGGAGCGGAACUGACUCCUCUCUUCCCCACGGCACCUUUCCUCCAGGCAGGAAGGGAUCCAGGCCAAACCUGUGCUUCGUGCCGCUCCGGCCGGGUGGGAUGCAGCAGUCGGUCCCAGCCCAGGCGGCCGCGCCCAUGGGUGCCGCAGCACGGGCCGCCCUGGCUCGGGGCGCACGCAGCAGGGCAAGGCGAGGCCUCCCGCCCUGCCGGCCCCGUGGGCACGCGGGGCUCCCAGCAGGACUGCUGUGCUCAGCAGUCAGCCGUGCAGGGCUGCGGCUGUGCUCCUGUGCUGGAAAAAGCAGAGGCUGCGCUGCACUGCCGGGACGGCUGCGCGCCGCAGGGUCAGGCUGCGAGGUCACCGCGCAGAGCCACGGCCCCGCUGUCACCCCGUGGCCCCACACCGGGCUGUGCUGGAAUUGGGGGCACGCUCCGUGCCGGAGCUCCCCCUGUGCUGCCACCGCCUCCCCCUCCGUGUCCCAGGCAGGGCUUGGCCGUGUCGCAGAGCUCCGUGUCCCGGCUUUCCCUGCCGGCUGCAGCAGCGCCGACCUGCUGGCUCCGCUCCCAGGGCCUUACGGGGCAGGGGGUGCGUGGGGGGCUCGGGGGGAGCUCGGCCCCGCUCAGACUGCCGCUCGGCAGGCAGGGUGGGAGCUUCCUGCAGCUCCUGGGUCCGGCGCGGCCCUGCGGGAGCUUUUCCUGCAGCUCCCGGCGGCGAUGGGAUCCGGCCCGGCCCCGUGCUGCUCCAGCUCCUGCCGUGGGGCGAGAGCCUCACGAGCGGUGGGGGCCCUUCCGCCCCACAGACCCCGCGUGCCCCGUUCCCACCGUGAGCACCGAGCCCCAGCCCCGUUCACGUUACGCCCCUGUGCUGCCCUCCCGGCCGCGCUCCCCCGUACGGCAUCGCCCCCCGCCCCGUCCCCGAGCCCCAGACUGCGCCGUACCCCGCCCCAAUAAACACCCCUGGCCGA